ACCCUGGGAGCAGCCGUCGCGGCGUGGAUCGUAUGCAAAUACGCAAGCUGACGUCAGGGAUCACGUGGGUUUUGGCGUCGAUCGCCACGGCCGAUCGGAGAGAUUAAAAAAAAUUGCACAAAAAAAAUCCCCCCCGGGUUCCUUUUGGGGCGGGGGGCUCGCCCGGGCCGGCGCCUCCGCCGCGUUCUAGAACGCGCGCCCAGGAGUUCCAUCCGGGGGAAAGUUGGUGUCGCCGCGUUCCAAAGCUUUGAUCGCAGUUUCCUGCAGUCAAGAGCUUAUGGUUUCCAAGGCAGAGUUCAUAUUUUAUGGCAUAAAAGCAGCAAACGCACACUGUGUGACCUGAAUCUCUUGACUUCUCAAGGCAUGACGCAGCCCAACUUGUUGGGUGACCAGAGCUUCAUGGCCGUGGCCGGUGCUAGAAUCCUUUAGGAAAUAUCUCGUGCGGCAUCCUGAAAGUGAAAAACCAUCCAAGAGCAUCUCUGGAGCUUGUUCAAGGAAAGAAAAAUUGCUGCGGCCAAUCGCAGGGCUACCAUGGCCAGCAGAAGGAAAUCAACAGUUCCAUGUAUGGUGCGAUCAGCUGACGCCACAGUGCAGGAGGGUUCCAAGGACUUGAUGGCGGGAAAGACAGCCUGCCUUCCGGAGCAGGACUCGGGAGAUAGUUUGUCUGGCGUUAAGGACAACGGUGAGAAUGACUGUGAAGUGAUUGAGGGGAAAUCUUCCCCGGCCAAUCCGGUCAAAAAACUCUUAGGCGGUUACGAAUGUAAGUACUGCCCGUACUCCUCGCAGAACUUGAAUGAGUUCACAGAGCACAUAGACGUACAGCACCCCAAUGUGAUCCUCAACCCUCUCUAUGUAUGUGCAGAAUGUAACUUCAAAACCAAAAAGUACGAUUCCUUAUCUGAACACAAUGCAAAACUCCACCCCGGAGAGAACAACUUCAAGCUUAAAUUAAUGAAACUCAAUAAUCAGACUAUCCUAGCGCAGUCGAUUGAGGUAUCAAGCCACCCCGUUGCUUCUGUAAUCCCCGAGAUUGAGGUAGAUCCCCUUGGGGCAGGCGUUACAAAUAAAAUGGCUCCAAACGCGAACACCGGAAAGUCCAAAGGGGAGGCUAAAAAAGCUACCCUGGUCAACCAUUUGGACGGGUUCCGCCAUCUUGUUACGGAAACCAGUGAGCCUAUCACAUGUAUUAAUACCGCAGAGCUCCUUCAGGACGUACUUGCUCACGUGAUGCCCUCGGUGCAGCUCCCGCCAAAUAUCAACCUGGUUCCCAAAGUCCCCGUCCCGCUCAACAGUACCAAAUACAAUUGCGCACUGGACACAAACGCAACCAUGAUCAGUUCCUUCAACAAAUUUCCGUACCCUACGCAGGCAGAGCUGUCGUGGCUGACCGCGGCGUCCAAACACCCCGAGGAGCAGAUCCGCAUUUGGUUCGCUACUCAGCGCUUGAAGCACGGCAUCAGCUGGUCUCCAGAAGAGGUGGAAGAGGCGAGGAAGAAGAUGUUCAAUGGCACCAUCCAGCCGGCAGCGCCCCAGACCAUUGCUGUCCUGCCUGCAAAAAUGCCGCAGCCGCUUAUCCAAACAGCUGUGCCUUGCCAGAUACUCAGUCAGACUGGCCUGGUUUUGACACAAGUGUCAAAUGGAUCAAAUGUUACACCAAUUGCGCUUGCUGUCACUGCCAAUCAAGGGCAGAAACGGUGCGCCCAGAACCAGCCAGCUGCCCCGGAGGCAAAACGUCCCAGUGUCGUCCCUGUAGAAACCUCACCGAAACAAAACCCUCCUGCUCCCCCCGCAGUUACGCCUACAGUGCCGUCGCCUGCUGUGCCGCUGAUCUCCUCAAGCGACCGCAAGAAGACCAAGGAACAGAUAGCAGCUCUGAAAGCAAGCUUUCUCGUCAGCCAGUUUCCCGAUAACACGGAAAUAUACAGGCUUAUCGAAAUCACGGGACUCUCCAGAAGCGAAAUCAAGAAGUGGUUCAGUGACUACCGAUACCGAAGUCAAAGGGGAAUCGUCAACAUCACGAGCGAGUCCAUAGCCAGGGACCAGAUAGCCCUAGCAGCUGCACGGCAGGGGCAUAUUUAUGACCCCUCAGACUUCCUAACCCAGAAGUUCAAAGACAAAAGCCAAGAGCAGCUUGGGAUCCUCGAAGAAAGCUUCCUGAAGAGCUCCUUCCCAACCCAAAGCGAGUUGGAAAGGCUUAGGACUGAAGCCAAGAUGAAUCGGAAAGAGGUGGACUGCUGGUUUGCCGAGCGGAGGAAGCUCAGAGAUAACAUGGAACAGGCGGUCUUGGACUCAAUGGGGUCAAGUGUGAAGACUCAAGACAAAGGGACUUCCAAUGGUGCAGUGAGUCAGAUGGAGCAGCUGAACAUCUCCCAAGCGCCACCAUCUUUGUCAGGAUGUCUCCCAUUAUUUACCGCCAAUAGCCAAGAACACUUGCUACAAAGUACCUUUGCGAGAACUCAGUGGCCGUCGCCGCAAGAGUACGACGAGUUGGCCGCUCAGACGGGACUCACUCGGACUGAAAUAGUUCGCUGGUUCAAGGAGAACAGAAGCUUGCUAAGGACUGGGCCUUUUAAAUGGCUGGACCAGCACCAGCAACAACAUGGCACCGAUGGCUCUAAAGACCCCAAAGGGCCAGUUCCUGUUGCUUGUACCAAGAUCGGUAGUGGUGUGGCUCAGCAGCCUCCGAAGGAAUGUCUGAAGCUGGGGAAGCUAAACAGGGACGGGACGGGACGAUCGGAAUGCAGUAGCCAAGACAGCCAGGGCAACGAGGAUACCGAGGAAGACGGGAACGGGAGUUGGGUGGAGGUGACCAUAGAAGACGACUAUGCCACUUCAGACGGUAUGAACAGCUCGACCCCAACAGUGCCUGAAGUCAAAGUAGAGUAUGAUCCUGAUAGUAAAUCUGGUGAUAACUCUCAAACCUAGACAGGCCUGUCAGUUCCACUUUUUUAGGCCUACUCGUUGAUUCAGCGACAAUCUUGGGACUUCACCAGUACUGAGCCCGGGAUAAACCUUUUGUUCCGGAGACUGGGUAUCCAGUGAGUUUUGACUCCAGGAUCAAACCAUGCUCGCCCCGUACCAGUGAAGAGGAGACCACCCUUGGUGGCGUUGCAACAGAUUUGAUGGUGCCAAAGUCCUGUGAGGGGCUUUUUCUAAAAGGGCCCUUGUAUAUAGGUUUUCUCCUUUGUCCUACUUGCUUGCCUUCUGUUUGUACAUGCACUGGAAAAGUAUAAUGUCCUAACCAAUUGGGAAACCUUUUUGCUGCCUUUCCCAGUUAGUGUGUGAUAAGCUACAUUGCUGCGGAUCACUGCAGUCUCAAGGACUUGGUGCGGCUCAUCUGUUGUCUUAGGAAGGAGCAGACUGUUACGGAAUCCUUCUGUCCUGCUGCAUUAGUUUCAGAGGAUGGGUUUCUAACCCCAAAGAGCUUGUCCUAUCUCAACAUCCUUGAUGGAUUUCAACAGUCCAUCCUGGGAAUCUUGGGCAGGCUGUUUGACUUUCUCAACGGCCAUCUUGUUUGCAAUUGGCUGUGUUCAUCUGCAUGCAAAAAAAACCCCCUGUUGUCAUGAUAGCCAGUCUCCUGCCAAAACAUCUGGACUGUGAAACGCCAGGAAUGUUGGUAGCACGCCUUUACUUGUUCCAAGCACCUUCCUCCCCCCCCCUUUUUUUUUUCUACACGUAGUACAAUCUCAGAAUAAAGAGUGUUUUACAGCAGAGGGCUCAAGCACCUUUAUAGCAAAACUUGCUCGGGUGACUCUUUACUCGGGCAUCUAAGAUGGGAAAGCCCGGCUCUGGCUUUUCUUUGCCUCGCCUUUUCAGCCUUUAGAUUGUUAGCGGGCAUCGCUAACGCUUUAAAGGUUGCCUGGACUCGUCCCCCUAAUUUUGUAGUUUGUUUCUAGGUCCCCAAGUGCACUUGGCACUUUCCACCUCUCCUUUGAACAACUGUCACAAGGCAAAAGGGAGAGAGAACGGUUGUGUGUAAAUGUUAACAGGUGACCCGCUGUGGCUUCGAGAGACAGGUCGUCGGUUCCCAGCAUACGCUGCACAAGUCUAAUGCUAGGGCAUUUGGAUAAAAACAUUUUCUAACAUUGCUUAGUUGUUGUACUUCAAUAAAACAAAGACUUGGUAGUUUCGGUAAA